UGACCAUACAGAUUAAGACGUUGAAGUUUAUUCAAGAGCAUUCGUGUGAAGUGUAACAGUAAAAAAUAAGUUAUACGAGAUAUAGUGAGAAAAGAUUAAAGUUGCGCUGUUCUUGUUGUUUAAUUCGUCGUCUUAUACUUUCUUCUUUGACACGAAUUUUAUUUUAUUUUUGAGAUUUUUUAUCUAUGGUUGUAGUAUAUGUUGGAGAAUUUUGCAAGGAUUUAACUUCAAAGCACAGUCCUGGACCGUUAUUUUGCAUGCAUGCUUAUAGUAAUCACCGCAAAGACCCUACUGUAGUUAUUUUUAAUUUUACAGUGUGAAAAAAGAGGAUAAUAUAAAGCGUUUGUUUCACUUCGAAAGACAAAGCCAACCUCUAGCAUGCUUAAAUCUCUUUAUCACGGUUUGUAAGUGAAAAACUAGUUUAGAAAUUACUAAUGCGAGUUAUAGUGAUUCUUUAUGUCAUGUUCCACUCUGUGCUAUUUUUUUAUGACCUUGACACGGUUUUUAAUUUCAAUUUCAUAUUGCAUAGAGAAAGGCUGAAAAAAGGAACCCAAAACAUCUGUUCGACACUAAACAAUAAACAUGUAAUUUGGAUAGUUUUUCACGGUUUCUGAUGUUUAACUUUGGUUUGCUUUUUUAAAAAAGUUGAAACAAAAGUUUAAUAACUGUAACAAUGUUUUUGUCAGCAGUCUGAGAGAAAGUUACAUGGUCUAAUCGUAUUUCAAGCGAAAUGAAAAAAUUGCAGUUAAUAACUUUUGUAUCAGACAAAAAAGCAAACAUUGUUUGCACGUUAACACAUUUUGUUAUAACUUUUUUUUACAAACUUCCAGAAGGAAAAAGUUUUAAUAGGAUUAUUUAAUGUUAAUACUUAAAUAAUUACAACCUUUUUAGUGCUGUAGCUAUAUGGGGAAAUAAGAACUGAUUAAAAGAAGAUAUAAGCAACUAUAUGGAGAUAACCUGCUAUUCGUGACCUGAAUAACUUCAAAAAAACUAUGUGGGUCUCAGAUUAUUCAACCAGACAGGAAGCAAAUAAAACAAAAAAAGAAAUUUAAGAAUCGAUAAAUAGCCAGACAUGGAAUAUAAUCUUAAAACUAAUCUUAGAACGACAGUUAUAGCGAAGGAAAUUUGAAAAUAGACUAUGCGGGAUUUUGAAUUUUACUUUACAUUUCUUUAUCAUUUUUUAAGACGUAAACAGGAAUAACGGUAAGUCAGUUGUUUUUUUCUGUCUAUUUUUUUAUAUCUAUGACGAAAUCAUUUUAAGCCCACUUAAUAUACGUGUUUUUAAUUCUAUCUAUUUAAAGGUAAAAAUAGUAAAUAUAGUUAACGAUCAAACAAAUAAAAAUCAGUUUAAAAAGGUAUGAAAAUAUAUGACGUAGGCUUACGUAAUGUUUUUUAUCUACCCCACACAUCUUUAAUGUUAACUAUAGUGUGGAAAAAUCCAGGCAGGAGAUCUUUCAUAACAAGAUGAAUUGAACACAACCUGCAUGUGUCGCGUAGGAGAAAUUCUGGUAUAUAUUUGACGUGUCGAAGAAUCAAAAUAAUUACAACAUAGAAGAAAGACAGAGUAAUAUAUAUGAUCGAUCAAAGAAAUAACUUUUUAUAUUAUAAUAUAUAUACACACAUAUCGAAACAGAAGUUGAGCUAUUGUUUACAGAUUUUUAGUAAUAAUAUAUGAAAUAUAAAAUAUGAAUGAAAUGAAGACGUUUGCUUUGUUUUGUUUAUUUAUGGUAAUUUUAUGGAAUAAUCGUCUGGAAGCAAAAGUAUCUCGCUGUGGAAAACUUGACAGACCAUUGAAUGGAAAACUUCACAAGAUAACAAAAUCACGCUACAGAUACACAUGCAACACAGGUUUCAAACUGGUUGGUGUAACUGAAAGAAGGUGUAAAGUUGGUAGAAAGAGAUGGACGAACAAAAAACCGCGUUGCCAAGAUAUUGAUGAAUGCAAAAGUAAAAGACAUUCAUGUAGUCAAUAUGCAGAUUGCAUCAAUGGUAUUGGAAGUUUUGACUGUAUUUGUCGGCCUGGCUAUACUGGGGAUGGACAUGUAUGUACAUCAGAAGUUAACUUACAAUAUCUUUUGGAUGAUGACAGUUGUGGCAUCGUUACUAAGCAACCGAAUGAUACAAGAAAAAGAAUUCGUCGCAUAAUAGGGGGGCAGUAUUCACAACCUGGUGAAUGGCCUUGGAUGGCCCUUAUAACUGUAAACGGAGGACCAGUCACGCUGUUCAGUGGAGUGUUAAUCAAACCUGGGUGGGUGCUUACAAUUGCCAGUUUACUACAUGUUGACAAUGACCAACUUGUGAAGGAAGAAGAUAUUAUUGUAUCUUUGGGUGAAAAUGACCGAAAUAAGCCCGAAAAUGAAGAACAACAGUUUCGAGUUAGACCAGGAGGUAUCAUUGUUCAUGAAAGGUACUCCAGAAUGAAAAGCACGAGACAUGAUAUAGCACUGUUGCGUUUGGAAGGCAAGGCUGAAGUAACAGACUACGUCAACACGAUUUGUCUUGUGAAUAAAAGAGAAGCUCGAAAAUACGAGAGAGGCCGCCAUAUGGCUACAGUCUCAGGUUGGGGCAUAACGGAACCCAUAAAGUUAGGCAUACCCCCGUCGAAACGACAACACUAUUCCGGCGUUCUUCAACAUAUCACGUUACCUAUAGCUGGCCCAUAUAAAUGUAAGACUUAUACCUCAUACGAAUACCAUAAAAAAUAUAUGCUAUGUGCAGGAACAAUGGACAAUGCAGCUGCACCAUGUAUAGGAGACGGGGGUUCACCUUUGACAAUUCAAGACCCCGUGACUAAACGUUGGUUAUUAUUAGGACUAUUUAGUUGGUCCGAGGGCUGCGGACAGCCGUCUAAAUUUAGCUAUUAUACUCGCAUUGCAAAAUACAGGACUUGGAUUGACUCAAAAAUAUACUCAAAUACCGACUCAUAGUAUGACGUAAAAUGUAGAAGUGUCGUGAGAAAUGUACACGAAAUACUCCCUAACAACCGUAUUGCUGGCAACAACAGCGAUGACAAAGAGAAGAAUUUUUUCAAACUCGAUUGUAUAUGAGUGUUUUCUUGACAACGGAGAGCAGGGGCAUUCAGAGACUGGUGUGAACAAAGUCGAGUUAGAGAGUUGGAAUGUGGGCUAAAUGGAAACGAUUCCAAAAAACAUAAUAAUACGAAAAAUGAAAAAUAUCGACCAAGUUUAAAAUGGUUUAUCUGUUAUAGAAACUAGCUUAAAAGUUGGAUAUUUUUUUAUGACAAAUCCAUUAUUUCAGCAUCUGCGACAUUCCAUCAAGUUUAAAAGAUUAGGCUGGUAUAUAUGGCUCACUGAAAUCAAUUUAUGAGAAUAACAUCUCAGAAUAAAAAUUAAUUUUAUAUGACAAGCAGUAAAAUAUAUGACUUUUGACGUUAUCAUUCGGCAACUAAUUGGCCGUGUUCUUUUAGCUUACUCCAAUUUUGAUGUACUAACCCCUUUAAUAACCUCUCUUGCCACACCUUUUUGUCUCUAACUACAAUAACACAAAGACUUCCGUGAAAGUACGAAUAACAUUUGUACCCCAGGGUUGAUUCCCAAAGUGCGUCGUGUACGCAAAACAUCAAAUAGACAUUUUAUAGCCCAUCCAUUUGCUCUAAACGUUAAGGAAUAAAUUUUUUGAUGAAAUACAUUCAUCAAGGUGCGUAUUUUAGAAUGUUUCUAGUUUACAAAAUCAAAGCGAAAAUAAUAAAAUUAUGGCAAAACUCAUGACAUCCAAACCGCAAUAUUUCAAGCACCACGUUUCACCCGCCCGACGCAAAGCCUACCUUGGGAAUCAUCUCUUGAUGUGACAAUUUAGGAGAAGAUAGAAACUAGGCUAGAAGGAGAUAGAUAAAUUAUUAAGUCUUGAGUUUUAUGAAGACUUGGAAGUAUGUAUUCUUACAUGUUCUCUGUUAUGAAAACUAACACCUUAUUGUGAAGGAAUGCUUUCAAUUCAAUAUGGUUUUUUAAGACGAAAUAGAAACAAAUCUCUGCAAUUGUAAAUUAUUUUAUAACAAAAAUAUCUUCACAAGGACAUUA